UUAAUGUAUUCAGUUGUAGGUUGAGAGUCAGUGAGGAUGGCGGCGCCUUGGACGGAUAAGAUACUGGACUCCCACUGUCACCUGUUUGAGCUUAAGCGGUUCCAAUACCCGUGGCCAACACCCGACUUAUGUAUCUACCGGGACCACCAGCCUGAGGACCUGUGGGACGCCAUGGCCGACACCGGAGUUAAAGAUGUGGUGUUCGUGCAGUGCCUGAACGACUCCCCGGAGGAAGCCAAGUGGGUGAUGAGCCUGGCCAAGCAACAUCCUCGCAUCAAGGGCAUUGUGGCUGGUCUUGACCCCUCUCAUCCUCAGUUUGAGAGCCGCCUGGUGGCACUGAAGGAGGAGGUACCGUUGCUGGUGGGAUUCCGGCAUAUCCUGGACAUUGACCCUCGCCAAGACUACCUGGAGCGGGAGGAGCUCGCCGCCGGGGUCAACCUCCUCCACAAGUACAACAUGACCUUCGACCUCCUCCUCAGGCCCCCGCUUCUGGAGGGUGCAGGUGUGCUGGCUAGCCGGGUGUCAGGGACAAGGAUGGUGGUGGAUCACCUUGCUAAGCCCUACAUUGCUGAGGGUAAGCUCGACCCUUGGCGGGAGCACAUCGCCGCCGUGGCCAGAUACCCCAACAUAUACUGCAAGCUGUCAAGUAUGGCCACUGAGGCUGACUUGGAGAAGUGGAAAGACCUCCGUCCUUAUGUGGAGGCGAGUGGUGUAGGUGAAGGAAAAGGUGGCUGUGUAGCCAUAUAUGAAGAUGUAGAUGCAGGUGUAUGUGGAGUUGUAGGUAGAAAUGAUUUUGGUGGAGGUGUAGGUGGAAGCGAAGGUGGAGAUGUAAGUAAAGGCGUAGGUAGAAGUGUAGGUAGAGUUGCAUGGAGGAAAUUCCACCUGACGAUUUUCCAGUACACACACAUGUUAAAGGUGUUUGGGCCUGACCGCCUCAUGUUCGGGUCCGAUUGGCCCGUGUGUAGGUUGGCUGCCAACACUGACUACGGCCGCGUGUUCUCUGCUCUGAAGGAGCUCCUCCAGCAUCUCCCUGACCACCAGCAGAAGAAGAUCUUCUGCACCAACGCUAGAAACUUCUACAACAUACAGUAACAACACCACGAACUUCUACAACAUGCAAUAGCAACGUCAGGAUUCUCCAUUUGGUUUUCAACCUACUGUAGAGUACGAAUAUUUAUUUAAAUAAUGAAGACAAUUGUACUAAUGAAUUGGCAACUCAACUACAACCACAGCUGCCACAAGAUUCUCACAUCAAAUUUUCAUUAUUUAAACAAAUAUUCGAACAUUUGGAAACUUCUCAUGACCUUAAAUAACAAUGAAUA